CCAUACCUCCAGGGGCUUACAUUCUAAUGGGGAGCGGAUAAUAAAAUAACAAAAAUAUACAGCAUGUUAGGCAACAAUUGAUAUUAGGAAUAACAAAGGAGUGAGCCGGGUGGGGAGCUUACAGCUUUAAACAGGAUGAAGAGGGAUGUCUCACUGGGAAAAUAUUAUUUAAGCUGAAGUCUUGAAGGAGGCGAAGGCAUGAGUCUUUUCACAUAUUUGGGAAACUAGCCUUCCAGGUAGAGGCAAAAGCAAACGCGGAGAUGCUGAAGCAGGAGCUCGUCCAGCCAGUUCAGGAAAUGCAAGGACAAGCUGUACAGGAGAGAGCCGGGAGAGUGGUGGAAGUGCGGGCCCGCGGUACUGACUCUAGCUCGUAAAGCUUCCAAAGCACAUACUGAACGUUUCCAGUAUCCAGACUGAAAGUUAACGUCCCCGCACGCCGACCCCGAGCCUGCUUUGAAUACGAAACUCCAGUCAGCGGCCGGAACUCAAGGGCUCCGCGCCGCGACCGGAAGUAGAUUCCUACCCAGCAUUUUACCCGUGACUGCACUUCCGGUAGCGGCGGCGGGAAUUCGGCUGCCAGUGGGUGACUAGGCCUCUCCAGCGGCAAUCCGGCGGGAAUCAAAGCCAUCAGAACCGCCACCAUGACUGUGGGCAAGAGUAGCAAGAUGCUGCAGCAUAUUGACUACAGGAUGAGGUGCAUCCUGCAAGACGGCCGGAUCUUCAUCGGCACCUUCAAGGCUUUCGACAAGCAUAUGAAUUUGAUCCUUUGUGACUGUGAUGAGUUCAGAAAAAUCAAGCCUAAGAACUCCAAACAAGCAGAGAGGGAAGAGAAACGAGUCCUUGGCCUGGUGCUGCUACGAGGGGAGAACCUGGUCUCAAUGACGGUAGAGGGACCGCCUCCUAAAGAUACUGGUAUUGCCCGAGUGCCACUUGCUGGAGCUGCUGGGGGUCCAGGGAUUGGCAGGGCCGCCGGCCGAGGAAUCCCAGCUGGGGUUCCCAUGCCCCAGGCUCCUGCAGGACUUGCUGGGCCAGUCCGUGGGGUUGGUGGGCCAUCCCAACAGGUGAUGACCCCACAAGGAAGAGGUACUGUGGCUGCUGCAGCAGCUGCUGCCACAGCUAGUAUUGCAGGGGCCCCAACCCAGUACCCACCUGGCCGUGGAGGUCCUCCCCCUCCUAUGGGCCGAGGGGCACCCCCUCCAGGCAUGAUGGGCCCGCCUCCUGGUAUGAGGCCUCCCAUGGGUCCCCCAAUGGGGAUUCCCCCUGGACGAGGGACUCCGAUGGGCAUGCCCCCUCCAGGGAUGCGGCCUCCUCCCCCAGGGAUGCGAGGCCUUCUUUGACCCUUGGCCACAGAGUUAUGGAAGUAGCUCCACAGAGGCGUGGGCUCGAUUCCUCAGGGCCACGUUACCACAGACCUGUUUGUUUGUUAUGCUGUUGUUCGAGGAGUCUCACCGGAUUGUCUGGUUUCCCUUACAGGGCCCCCUCCCCCGGGAAUGCGCCCACCAAGGCCCUAGACUCAACUUGGCCCUCCUCAGCUCCCUGCCUGUUUCCCGUAAGGCUGUACAUAGUCCUUUUAUUUCCUGGUGGCCUAUGAAACUGGUUUAUAAUAAACUCGUAAGAGAAUAU